UAAUUUAUUAGAACCUUGCGCUCUUGUGGUUGUUCUGCCUUCACAAUUGGUAUCUGACUGGAAGAAUACAUUCAAGAGGUUCGGAUUAAUCAAAUCUUCACCGUUUUGUUUCUCCGUCACGUUUUGAAUGUUAUACACAGGUUGUGUUUGAUAAUUAAGGGAGCAGUUUGUUUUGGAGUCGGAAUGUCAUCUGUACAGUGAUUUGUGGAAUAAAUCCCAUAGAGACUGAAAAUGGCUACGGUCGUGGAAAACCCGGCAGAUGGCAGUUCAAAAAAAGACAGAAUUCGACUAGCUAAAGAAAAGAGAGAGGAGAGAGACAGGAGCCAAGCUGUGCGGGAACAAGCUCUUUGGGAGAAAGAACAGCGUGCACAGCAACAGUAUGAACGCUCGGUGGAAGAACGAGGGAGGCGUUUGGACGAGCAACGGCAGAAGGAGAUACUCCGUCGUUCAGCUGUGGAGGAGAAACGGAGGCAACGCAUUGAGGAGGAAAAGGAGCGGUUGGAGGCCUUGAUGCGACGCUCCUUGGAACGCAACCUCCAGGUGGACCAGAGGCCUAAACGCUGGACUUGGGGUGGACCUCCCGGAGUCUGUGAGGGUGAUCCUAAGAUUGCCCCGCCCUCUCCUCCUGCUUCUGCAUCCUUAGCCAAUGACCCUGCUGCUCACCUUACUGCCAGAAAAUCCAGGAACGUCCAAAAUUUUAUGGUUCCACCCGAGUCCCCAGACUCUUCCCUUAGCAGACAUCUGUCCUCCUCUGCCGCUACAUUGCCCAACAUGACGGAGAGAGCCUCCUCCAGCCCUCAUAGGUCUCCUUACAGAGCUCCUCCCAGUAAAGCCGAUCGGAAGAAGGUUAGUGCAUCAUUCUGUGGACCACUGGACGACUCCAGAGGAGCAGCCACAACCCCAAAGACACCUCAGACUGAGAAAUCAGACAAGAGCAUCGCCCAAACCUUACUUGACCCGUCAAUGAAAAAACUUGAGUCACCAACAACACCCACCCGAAGUUCAUCUACCCACAAAAACCCCAGCACUCCCAAAAGAUCAAGGUCCUGUAAGAGCCCUGUAAGGUCCCCAGCCUCCCCAGGGCAAUACGCCCCAUCGCCAUUGAGGCACAGGGCCACCACGCCCAGCACAGAGAGCAAGAGGUGGGGAGGGGAGGAAAGUAAAGGCUACAGCACUCUGGAGAGAAAGACAUCCAGAACAGAGAGAAUCCCCAAAUCCACAAGCAAGGAAUUUGGACACAAUUUAGAGUCUCCAGUGACUCCCACCGGGAAAGCGGGUACCACUGAUGCUGAGGAGGCCUCCAGGCUGCUGGCAGAAAGACGACGCCUGGCUAGAGUACAGAAAGAGCAGGAGGAAAAGCAACGCCUACAGGAGGAGAGGCUCAGGGCUGAGGAGCUCCAGAGACAGCAAGAGGAAGAAAGACAUCGGCAGGAGCAGGCAGCUCGGCAAGCAGUGGAAAAAAGACAGAAACAAGAGGUGGAACGCUGCCAGAGAGAGCAGGAGGACAGUCAACAUAAGGAGCAACGUUGGAAAGAGCUCCAAGAUGAGCUGGAUAAACAGAGAGAGGAAGCACUGCAGAGGGUUCAUAGGGAAGCCGAACGGAAGAGACAGGAGAUAGAGCUUCUGAAAAUUCAGGAGGAGCAAGAAAGACUGCAAAGGAAGAAGCGUAUUGAGGAGAUAAUGAAAAGAACAAGAAAGCCGGAUGGAGAAUCAAAGAAAGAGGAAGCACAGAUGGAAGCCCCAUCCUCAAUAUCCGUUUCCCAGUCCGUCUCACCGUCUCCCUUGGAAACUGGAGUUAGCACACAGAACAACAGUCCACCAAAGGCAACGUCUAAUUCUCCAGUCGUAUUCCUUGAGCCACUGGAGGCAAAGAAUAGUGGGGCAGAUGAUCUCUCUGAUGGAGUCCAGUCCAUGGAUGUCAGCCCAGUCUCCAGAGAUGAGCUGCUCCCUGUUUCAGAAUAUUCCCCCGUCAGCGAGAUCUCACAGAACAGCAUGAGUUCUGUUGCUUUGGGUGAUAUCCUGAGACUGACCAGGCAGGUCUCACAUCCCAAAGUAUCAACUGCUCCAGCAUUUGGUGACUGCAACAAGAACCUGAUCCAGGAUUGCAGCACCGCUGCUAUUGACUCAUCAAUUUUUCAGAGUCUUAGACCAACCUCAGACAAACUCAACAUCUAAUUACAGAGACACUUUUGAAGCAUCAGGCUGGACUGAAAUGAUGGAUUGAAGCUGACAGUCCUUGCCCAAUAAAGCUUCUUCAUCAGAGCCUCCUCUUCCUCAAUACCAUCAGAACUGGAGAACAAACACUGAAUAUUAAACUAUGUGUGAAUAACCAAGAAGGGACACCCUGACAGUUGAUUCUCCACACAAAAAAAUAACAUUUGCCUGCUCCUUAUAGAUAUAAUAUUUCACACGAUUUCACUGUAGUAUCACCAAACAAGUCUUAGUGGUCUUUUUGUUAUACACCUGUAGCAUUGACGAGUGAUACACCGUGACAAUUGUAGCAGCUCAAUUGUGUAAUUUUUUUUAUUUUGGGUUGCAUAAAUGACCAGCAAACAAGGCGUUGUGUGCAGCGUCUGCUCAUUGUGCUGUAUUCUAUGGCCAGAGUUUGCAAACAGUAUAUUGUGUAAAGCCAUGAUUCUCCGCAUUGUCUGAGCAAUCCAAGCUUUGUAGUAUGAACGUGGAUAUUAAUACUUAUUACAGAUGUAAAGUGUGAUAUUAUUCCAUUAUAACACUGUUAUACUGGCAUCAUUGUAUUAUUAGUCUGCUGCUGUUCGAAGUUUUGGGGAUGUACACAAAAAAGCCUGUACGUCAAAUUAAGUUUAUUGUGUAAAAAGGGAAUGAAACGUGCGCCACUCCCUUGUGUUGACAUAGCAUUGUGCUUUUAAUUCUCCAUGGGCUUUUUCUGUAUUGUUUUGUUAUCUAUGAAGUAUAUAACAUCACUGCAAACAGUUCUCUGCAGAAAAGUGCAUUAGUAACGCUGUACAGUAUAAAGACAUGCACAUGCUAUGAUAAAUCAUAGGCCAAUUUGCUUACCUGGUGGGGAAAAAAAAACUUGUGAGAUUUGCAUGUGAGCUCAGUUAUUUGAAUUCCCAGUGUUUGAACUGAUGUUUGGUGGUCUCAAUGGUAUGUAGUAUGAUGCUGUUGUAAAAAAAAAUCUUCUGAUGCACUGGAUUGGUUCAGGAGGACCAACAAGGAACAAAUAUCUUGAAAGAUGUUUGUGUCUGUAACAGUUAAACUAUUGAGUGUUCCAUUGCUCUAUUCUAACUAUCAUCUAUCUAUAGCAAAUUUUGGGAUGUUGAUCCCAUUUUAGAUUAUACAGAGGGUGAUGGGUUGAUACUGGAAUUCAGCACUUUAUAAUGACACAUGAGAAGGUGCAUGAAUCAAUGGAUCAUCUGCUUUGAAGUUGCAGAACCUUGAGAUAUUGAAAUAAAACUGUAAUAA